AUGGCGACAGCAUCCUUGCGUAAGACCUCCUGGCUCGCUCUGCUCGCCGGCGUGUCAACCGUUACCGCGCAGUCUUCUUCGUCAGCAUUCUGGACAUUCACUACACGCUACCAGGACUGCAUCGAUACGUAUACAGGCAUCUAUUCAACGUACACUACUUCUUCGACAUGUACCAUCAAGGACUCCGUGACCCCGACCGCGACGCCUUACGAGGUUUCCGGCAAGGACACCAGCGAUUACUACGGCUAUGAAUACUCGGACCUUCAAGUAUUCACCGCGUGGUACACUGCAGGCGCCGUGCCCGACUCAGACCUCAAACCGACAUACAACUAUGACUUAGAUGCGACCACCACGACCGAGAGGACCACUUCCACAUAUUAUGAAUUCUCCAUGCAAGUAACAUAUACGGCGCCAACGGAUUGCCCCACGCCUUUCACGUUCACGACCAAUGCAUCAGUGACAGUUCCAACCCAGGUCCUCGACCAAGUUACACCUUACGCAACGGUAGUAUCAACCCCGGCACCGACCCGCCGGGCAUCUUACGUCUACGAGACCUGGUACUUGACCGAGGGUCAGGCACCUUUCACGAGCGAAGAGGACUACUACUACACCGCAUACAUCGAAGAAUGUUCUACGCCAUACAAUGCGUACUCUUCAUACUCUUACACAAGCGGAUACUCUUACCCUACCGGCAGAACAAGCGGUGGAUCUGGUGGAAGUUCCGAUGGAUACUCGUAUUGUUACUACGGCUACGGGACCUGCACAAGCCUCAGGACCUGGGUCAUUGUCAUCGCGGCGGUGAUUCCCGGCCUCUUCGUCCUGGGAUUUUUCGAGAGCUACUUUUGGUUCCGCAGACUCAUGCUAGGGAAAGGCUGCCUACGUUUCGGCACCAUCUCGUGGAUCUGCAUCUCGCUUUGGGUGGCGUGCUUCACUCGGUCGCAGAGCCGACGCAGUCCAGAGGAUCAGAAGCUGUUGAGACAGAAGUGGAGGGAGACAAGCUUUGGCACCGCCAUCGGCCUCUGGUUCAAGUGGGGGUUCAGGCACCGGUACCCUGUGCCGCUCCUCGGUCAGUACUCGCGCAACACGGUCGGCAUCGUGCCUGAGGGACAACCCCUACCUCUUCCUGGUAUGCUGCAAACGAACGCAAACUACCCCGGAGGCCCGCCCCCGCCGCCCGGUGCCUUCAUCCCCAACGGCCAAGGUCAACCUUACUACCCUCCUCCCCAGGGUUGGGCGCCUGCACCGAACGCUCAAGGAUACCCGAUGCCUCCGCCUGGACAGGCCUACAUGCCGCCAAACGGAGCUGUUCAAUAUUACGGCUACGGAGCACAGACGAAGGAUGCACCGAGCGUCACCGCAACUUCAGUGUCUCCUGUGAACGGCGCGCCGCAGCCUGCACCUUCACCUGUCUCGCCUACUGUUGCGCCACAAAUACAUGACCCGAAUGUCGCCGAAGCUCCGGCUACUACUCAAACGUCUGCUCCUGCUGGGCCGCAGGCGCCAGCUCCGACACAACUACCCACACACCAAGACCGCGCCGUAUAG